AUGAUGUACAAAAUACAGGUAAUCCUAAUACCCCCAAAUUCGAUUGAUAAUUCUUACUAUAGAGUGACUUCAUCAAAUGCAUUUAUAAACAAUCUGAAUAUUAAUAAUGAGAACGCAACGUUGAAUAAAGCUCCCUUCAAUGGUUCGGGAUUCACGGGUUAUGGAAAUGAUCAAAAUAUUAACAAACCAAAUUCAAAUGAUUCCAUGAUAGGCAGUUCUUAUAAUUCUAUGAUAUUCAAUCCAUACAAUUCGAUGCCUAAUACAAAUCUCCUUCUGUUAUUUCCAAAUUAUAAGAAGUUUCUAUUGUUUACAAAACCAGACAAUACACUGUUGACGGUUUCUAAUGAAAUUGUCACUAAAUGUUUGAAAUUAUAUCCAGGUGGAGAAAACGAAAUUGAUAUUUUGUCAUUACAAGAUAUUAAUAAUUGUGAUUUAGAUCCGGAUUUUAUAGUAAAAGACGUUUUUGUCACCGAUAAUAUUAUAAAAGUUAUACUAAAAAAUGACAUAAACAUAACCUCACCAUCAUCAUUAUUUUCAUCGAACAAGAAGCAAAAAAUAAAUAAUGGGACAUCAAUAAACACACAAAUACCGCCUUAUCAACCAUUACAAGCUGCACCUGUCAAUACUCAGAAUGGCUACUCAAACGCAAAUGGUGGGAUCACAGUAAUCAAGAAGAGACAAGGUUCAGGAAAUAAUAUUAUAAGAAAUGGUUUAACGAGCAAUACGAUGAGAAUAUCAACACCUUUAGUGCACCAGAUCUACUCGCGUACAAAUAAGCAUUUAAAUAAUUCUGAUGAUGAAAAUGAAAAUGUUGACGAUGGCAAUGACAAUAAUGACAUGGAAGCUAUGGAUAGAUCAUUUCUUCCACCUCCACAUCAACCUCAAUCUCCGCCUAUUAGAAUUAGCUCAGAUUUUGAUAGCACAAAAAAAAUUAAGUCAUUAGUUGAGGAUGAUACGGUCUCAAAAUCAGAAACAGUAGAUCCAGUAAAAGCUAAACAGCAGAGAAUAUUCUUGGGGACACCAAUAAGGAACGCAUCGAUGCCCAAUGGAGUUUGCUUAACAGGACAAAAAGUCAUGUCAGAACAAAGAUAUUCCAGUCUUGAUGCCAAGUCGUCUAUAUUUGCAAAUACUAGAUCGAUAUCAACCGUAUGCAAAGGUAAUGACAAAAUUGCAUUAAACGAUUCAAGAAUUACAUCAGGUAUGCUAUCUAUACCCGAGCCAAAAUUAUCAGAAGUUGAAAAACAAUUACAUGAAGGUCCAUCUAGUCCUUCAACUAUUUUACCACCUAAACCUGAUAGAAUUCCAAUGAAAAAACCAUAUAUUCCUGAUAAUUCUGAUUCUGAUUCUGAUUCUGAUUAUAUGUCUGAUUCAUCUUCUAGUAUAAAUUCAGAAUCAUCUCCUAGCAUAGAAGUUAAACAGAAUAUCAUUGUACAAGAUAUGCAACGUCCGACUGAGAAUGGAUCCCCAGCACCAAGUCAUAUUAAAAAUAAUAAUAGGGCAAAAAUAAGUGAUCAAGUUAGUGACUCUUCAACUUUUAAAUUAGCUGAGCUCCCUCAAACUGGGAAUGUUAAAGGUUUAAACAAUAAAGAAGAAGAAUCUAAACAAAAGGGGAAUGUUAAAGGUUCAGAUGAUAAAGAGGAAGAAUCUAAACAAAAUGGUAAUAGCUCACAAACUCUGAAACCAGACACUAAAGGAAAUAUCAAUCUUGAAAAAUCUUUAGUAAAUUCCAAUAAAUUCAUAAAUAAACUUGAGAAUGUGACCCUGAAUAACAUAACUUCUGAAGCGAAAGAAAAACCAAACAAUUUCAGUAAACAUGAAAUAUUAAGUAUGGUUGAUGGAAAUGAAUUGGAUUUAAAUAGGCCUUUUAAAAAUUUAAAGGGUACAAGCAACAAAAAACCAUACACUACAGUUUUACAUAAGGAUAUUGAUAAUUCAAAACCAGACCCUAGAAAUAUUUUGCCUACACGUUUGCCAAGAAAUGCGGCAAGAAGAGCAGCCGAAAAACUUUCGACAAGAUAUGAAACAAUAUCUAAAUUUAAUGCAGAUAAUGAUUCAACCUCUGAAUCUGAUUCCGAAUCUUCCAGCGGCAAUGAGUCUGAUAGAAUAGCUAGUGAUGUUGAAGCAGAUGGAGAUAAGGAUCGUUUACAAUCUGCUACUGGUAAAGUGCCACAUCAAAACCAUAAUAUUGUUGUCCGCGAAAAUAACGAAAUUAAAAAAUUGAAUAUUCAUGAUUUAAAUACUAGAGUAAUCACUUCAGAUCCAAACACCUCAACAGCUAACACAGAUAAAAAUAUUAUACCAAAGCAGAUUAUAUCUGAAAAAAAUGAAUCACUUAGUAGCAGCACAAAACCAACUCCAAAGGAUAUACCAGGGUCUCAACCACCUGCUAAUACUUCGAGGGGAGUGGCCUCGCUUCCAAAUCGUGAAGUUGAACUAAAUAUUCAGGCACCAAUCCUUUCAAAAAAGAACAACAAUAUACCUGUAUUCGAAGAAUCUAAUACUAGUACAGUUCCUCAAAUAUUAAGGAAGCCUAGUUUUUUGGAAUCUGAGAUUGACUCAGAAGUGAAUGAUGUAUUCGAUAAGACGACUAACGAAAGUAUGAAUCCUAUUUCGAUUAAUAAAAUACCAGCUGUGCAUUCUAUGAAUAAGCCACCUGCUGUACAUUCGAAAAAUCAACCGCCUACUAUUCGUUCAACAAACAGCAAACCAUCUGCCGCUAUGCCUUCGAUCAUCAAACCAUCUGCUACUAUGCCUUCUAUAAUCAAGCCAUCUGCCACUAUACCUUCUAGCAGCAAAUCAUCUACCACUAUGCCUUCUAAUAGUAUACCACCUAUAGCUUAUACAUCAAAUAAGAAGGCAAAUAAUGAUACUAAGACAAAUAGUAAACUACCUACUAAUACUACUAAUAACAUUCCCCCAGCUUUUAGUUCUGCAAAUAACAUAUCUGCUGCAUUUACUCCCACAAACAGAAGAGAAUCUGUUUCUAAUGCCACUAAGGAUACGAUUGAAAUGCAACCUUCAGGAAAAGUUAAGAAUUUGUUAUCUUCACAAUCUGUACAAAAACUAAAUAUUCAAUUAUCAAAAGAAAGUGACUCUAGCAGCAGCUCUGACGGUAGUACUGAUAGCACAAGUAGUGAUUCUGAUUCAAGUCGUGAAGACGAAGAAGAUUCAAGAUUUAAAAACAUACGUGAAGUAAAUGCUGCAUUACAAAAAAGAUAA